AUGUCGAACAUAACUGUCAUAGAAAGCUUCCUACUUCUGGGAUUUUCUGGAGGCCGAGAACUUCAGGUUUUACACUUUGUCAUCUUCUUGGCAAUGUACCUGGCUAUACUGAUAGGAAAUCUUCUGAUCAUUACCCUUGUAAUUAUUAGUAGUCACCUGCACACCCCAAUGUAUUUCUUUCUUGUCAACCUAUCAAUCCUUGACCUUGGAUCAACCUCUGUCAUCAUGCCUAAAUCCAUGGCCAAUUCCCUCAAGAAUAUACAGCUGAUUUCAUAUUCUGAAUGUGUUACACAAAUGUUUUUCUUUCUCCUUUUCCUGUCAUCGGACUUCUUCCUCCUCACUGUCAUGGCCUAUGAUCGAUAUGUAGCCAUCUGUCACCCACUGCACUAUUCAUCUAUGAUGAAGUGGAGUAGCUGCAUCCAGAUGGCAGGAGGAGCAUGGAUGGGAGGUUUCCUUAAUGCUGUUUUGCACACUGGAACUGUUUUUUCACUGCCCUUCUGCUCCAACGUCAUUAACCAGUUCUUCUGUGAAAUCCCACAUGUUGUGAAGAUCUCCUGUUCUGAUUCAUACCUCAGUGAGCUUUGGGCUCUUCUCUUUAGUUCAAUACCAGGUUUUGGCUGCUUUGUGUUCAUUGUCAUGUCUUAUGUGCAGAUCUUUACCACAGUGCUGAGAAUGCCUUCUUUGGCAAACAGGCAGAAAGCCUUCUCGACUUGCAUUCCCCACAUCACAGUUAUCUCCAUACUUUUUGGAACUGGCAUGUUUGCCUAUUUUAUGCCAACCUCUAACUCUCCAUACAAUGUGGAUCAAGUGCUUGCUGUGUUAUAUAUUGUAAUGCCUCCAAUGAUGAACCCAAUAAUCUACAGCAUGAGGAAUAAAGAUGUCAAAGCUGCCUUGUGGAAGUUGCUUGGUUUUAUUCUUGGUAAGAAGAAUAAAAAGAUGCCUCCCAUUCAUCUGUAA